UAGAUGAAGAAAGUCUCUUCCACUCAAACCCUAAAAAUAUAAUAGAACAAAAAGAGAUGAUGAGAACGAGAGAAUAAAAGAGAGAAAAAAUAAGCAAAAGCUCUUCUCUAUCUUUCCUUCAUCUUCCCCUUUAAUUCUCUUUUUUCUCUUGCUUUCUUGGCUCUGGUAUUCACUUAGUGUGAUUCUCCACCAUAUUUUCUUUCCUAAAGACCCAUCAACUUUUAUAAAAGAAAAAAAGAUUGAAAAAAAAAAUAAAAACCAUGGUUUUCUCUUCAGUUCCAGUCUAUUUAGAUCCUCCCAACUGGCAGCAGCAAGCAAAUCAACCAGGAGGAGCUAGAAAUGAAAGCCCCCAGCUUCCACCUCUUCCUCCACCUCCUCAUGUCGGCGGCGGUGGAACUGGAUCGAUUAGACCUGGUUCGAUGGCUGAUCGAGCACGAUUAGCUAAGAUACCACAGCCAGAGACAGCCCUAAAGUGCCCAAGGUGUGAAUCCACCAAUACCAAGUUUUGCUAUUUUAAUAAUUAUAGCCUUACUCAGCCCCGCCACUUCUGCAAAACAUGUCGGCGAUACUGGACAAGAGGCGGUGCCCUAAGAAAUGUUCCCGUUGGAGGAGGAUGCAGGAGAAACAAGAAAAGCAAAAGCCAAAGUAGCUCAAAGUCUCCAGUUUCCAGUGAAAGGAAAAUGGAUCCAAAUUCAAGCUCAACAAAUGCAAUCCCCUCAGAUAAUAUUGGUCAUUUGUCUCCACAACAAAAUCAAUUACCUUUUAUGAGCUCUUUGCAUAAUCUUACUCAAUUUGGUAUUGGAAAUCUUGGGUUAAACUUCGGAGGAAUUCAGGAACAAAUGGGAGCCGCUAGUGGUGCUAGCGGACAGACUGAUAUGGGCUUUCAGAUGGGAAGCAAUUCGGGAAUGAGUCCUGCGAUUUUAUCAACUGGAGUGCAACAAUUCCCUUUCUUUGAGCCUCCACCUACUGGAUUGUACCCAUUUCAAAAUGAAGGUGUUGAAGCUUCGUCUUCCAUGUUAGGAGAUAGCCAGCUCCGAUCAAUGAAUUCUCGCUCUAGGGUUUCUCAGUUGGCUCCAGUGAAGAUGGAAGAUAACCAAGGGUUGAAUUUAUCGAAACCAUUUCUGGGUAUUUCAGAGAGUAAUCAAUUCUGGAGUGGAAAUACUUGGACAGAUUUAUCAGGUCUCAACUCUUCUUCCUCUAGCCAUCUCUUUUAGCAUUGAUCUAUCUAUGCUGAUUAAAAGAAGAAAACAAAUUUAUCACGUAUGAGAGGCUUGAUCCUUCACUGCUGUGUAGCACUAGUUAAUAACGAUAAUUGACACAAAAUUAAGUUGCAUGCAAGUUUCCAACUCUUCAAAAAUGGCGACAUCGCAUGAGGUCAAUGAGGAACCUCCACCUCUUGAAUAUGAUCCAUGGAGAUCGAAGCAAGAAAUGGUAGAAUGUCUAUUUCAAAUUUAUUAUUACUAUUUUUCGUUUGUUUGAGUUGUGUUUUUGGUCUGUAUGUUAUGGUUUGUUUCAGAAAGUGCGUCUGUGUCUGUAAGGAAGAAAGAGAGAGGUGUCAAUGGUGUUUGUUAUAUCUGACAUAAUGAGCUAGUAUCAACAUAUAACUUGUAUUUGUCUU